AUGUACUCCCUUGAUUAUGGCAGACGUUUAGCCUCAUGGAACACCACACUCAACAUAAAGCUGGAAUGUGAGUGCAGCCUCGUGACUGCAAAAGCCUUUGGUUUCUUCGGUCCGUACAUCAGCGCUGGUGAUCUGGACGUGGAGUUGGCAGGACGUGAGGUUGUUUCGUUCGAAGCACUCAACAGAACAGGGUCAGUUUUCCUGAAGAAGACUGAAGUGAAGGCUGCGUCAAGUGACAACACCGAGGGCAGCUGGAACCAUUGGUGCAGCAAACGAAUCGCCUUCUCAGCUGCUCUCACGAAAUUGUCCACUCUUCUUGCCACGACUCUUUAA